ACUUUUCCGAAAAGAAAACCGCGCAUUACGGAAAAUUACGAGUCGGGUUUAUUAAUUUUGAACGUUUUUUUGCUGUAUUUUGUGUUAAAUAUGUGAAUUUAAUGUGCUCCAGUGCGUGCAUUGACGAUUUAGUGACGUUCGAAUUAUAAUUCUCCAAGAAAUACGUAGUGGUCAAUUUACGUCCUCCUCAACUUCAUUAUUCCGCAGCAAACAAAGGGAGCUCCAAUAUGAAUUCAGUGCAAGAGGAACUACAAGCAACCUACCCCUGCCGGAAAAAGCAGAUUGAGGAACUUUAUAACUUAUUUGGAUACGGCGAAGAGCCGCUGGUCGACGCGGUUUACGUCUACGGAUCAUCCAGCACCGGAAAGACGUCAAUAAUAAAAUCACUAUUAAGAGGAUUAAACCUAAAAUUCGCCCUCGUUAAUUUGGUCGAGUGCUACACAUCAAAGAUAUUAUUCGAAUCAAUUUUAAAUCAACUUUCCGACCAUAAAAUCGACGUGAUCAAAGCUCAGCCGUACGCCCGAUGCGAUAAUAUGAUGGACUUCGUCGCCAAUUUAAGAAAGUGCGGCGAAACCGUCGAUUUGAGUCGAGCGGUAAUUGUUUUAGAUAAAGCGGAACGUUUGCGAGACAUGGACUCUAAUCUGCUGCCCGCUUUUCUUCGAUUAACCGAAUUGGCCGAUUUAUCUAUUUCGGUUGUUUUUGUAUCGGAAAUCGUCUUCGAUAAUUACUGCUACAAAAACGAAAUCGUAACGCCAAUUAAGAUUCAUUUCUCCCAAUACACUAAGGAGGAGAUAAUCGAGAUACUCUGUUUGAAUUUUGAUACGGCUCGAGAGGCGAUUGAGAGCAGUUACGGCGCCGAGCUGAGUAUUACCGAAGAGUUUUACAGGAAUUAUCUUAGUGUAUUCCUUUCUGUAUUUCAUCGCGCUUGCAGAGACGUUUCUGAGCUGAAGUAUAUGGCAAAACAAAGCUUUGUUAAAUACUGCGAGCCAGUGGCUAAAAAAGACUGUGAGCUCAGCGACUCAUUGGCCUUGUGGAAGCACAUCGCGCCAGUCCUAAAGAGCUCCCUAGGACUGCUCUACAUGCGUAUUUCACCAACCCACCAAGAGAACUCGUCCACACUCUCAAUCACAGCGAAAGAUUCCCAGGUCCAAUCCCUCGAACUUCCCUACUACGGCAAACAUCUACUAAUUGCCGCCUACUUAGCCAGCUAUAACCCCGCGAAGGAAGACAAGCGCCUUUACAUGAAGUACCACGGCAAAAAGGCCCGAACCAAAUCCGACAUAAGAGCGAAGAGCAAAACUGCCGAACAGUUGUUCACCCAGUUAGGUCCGAAGCAGUUCGGAUUCGAUCGGCUGAUCGCGAUAUUUUACGCCAUUCUCGAGGAGAAGGUCGGCCUGAAUAGUCAUCUGCUCGUGCAGAUUUCGACUCUGGUCGAACUGCGGCUUCUGGCCAUUGUGUCGGAUAACUCGGAGCUGGACAAUCGUAAAUACAGGUGUUGCGUCGGUCUCGAAUACAUCGAGGCCGUCGCUCGCAAUGUCGGUAUUAAUAUUAAGAAGUAUUUGGUCGAUUUUAACUGAGUUUGUCAAUAAAACGUUGUUCUUUGUCC